ACUGUUCCUCACAAUCAAAUUGGAAACAACUCAUUCAGGUUGUCUUAUUCGAACUCGCAUACAUUCAAUUCAAAUGUCAUCGAUGACAGUCGGGUGAGAAAAAAAUUGACGAAGCCGAGCUAUUGGUAUCUUGUGGAAAAUUCUGGCAUAUUUUAGAAACUGACUGGCUCGGAUUAGAGAGUUUGCUGGCCGGUUUGUGGGAACAUAACCAUCAAAAAACAUAAGCGAAAACAAACGCACGUAGAAACAAUCCCCAUUUCACUUGCUCAUAGCGAUCAUCUCGCUCAUUGCGCCGAAGUAGUAUUUUGGGCAAAUCUGUCUGCAGCACUGGACCAAUAUUCUUACAGAACGCCAGAAUUGUUUGCCGCUAGUCGCGCAGCGGACGAAGAAGCCAUGGAGGUAGAUCCUGCGCAAGAAAUGUCCUCGUCAUCAUCUGGUCAAAAUUUCGAAGCAUCAGCGGCGGCUGCGAGCACCAGCACGUCCAUCCCGUCUCUGUGGGAAUACCCAAAAAGUGGCGAAGAACAUGUACAGAUUGAUGAUCGCAAUGUCAUUGACAGACCAUUCAACUUAAAUGAAAGAUUCGUAUCAGUUCUGGACCAACUCGACAGCCGUGUUGAGAAAUUGCGGAAGGAAGCCGUCGUGUUACAGGAAAAACGUGACUACCUGCUGAUGUCUAUCGACCUCAUAAAGAAUAAUGAAUUACUUCAUGGAAUGCAUGACCAUGAACGAGAAGAAAUCUUCUACUACAUACAACGCGUUAAUUCUCGUCUAUCAACGGUGGAGUUAAUGGUUAAAACCGUCCGAGACCCAGCACAAGAAGACUCAUUACAUCAAGUGAACAUGUUGAUAGAUUCAUUAAUAACAAAUAACGAUUCGGCCGUAUCACGGCAACGAUGUCAAACAUUUUUAAAUGCUUGUAGUGGUUCAGAUCCCGAAAACCAAUCAGUUAGCUUUUCGGGUGUGGAUCGAGUUGUUGAUAAAACGUUCGAAAGCGCUUUGCUUGGAUGCACAUUAGAUGAUCAAAAGAACAUCAAAAAACGCCUACAAGCCCUCAUGAAUUACCUGAACAAACAAAUUGUUAGCGACUAAUCUUCAUUAAUCCAAUGUUUUUAUUAAAAGAAAAAUUAUCUCAGAUAGAGUGAUUUGCAACAAACUGAAAUUGUUAUGGAUAUAUGUCACUUCUAUAAACUGCUAUAUGUCGGCAAGCAAACGAAUGAAUAUUCUGAUCGAAAGCUUCUAUUAAUGUUUCAUUGUGUACGUUUUUAGUUGCAGUUUAACAAGCUGUAUGCAGUUCGAGCUGAUCCUUUUUGAUUUUCAUGUUUUCUACGACAGGUUAUUAAAAUAUUUUGAAAACAA